AUGAUGGAAGAUGAAUAUGUUAUGGUGAAUGGCAGAAAAACUAUUCCCCGCAAGAUGUAUCAACUCAACAAGAUCUACAAUGGCAUCACACUCAAUUUGCAUUAUUCCAUAGGUUUGAAGCAACGAAUCCAAUCGUUCAUUUACCAAGAAGACUCGUUGGUUUAUCUGAAUGGUCAUCACCUGGUGCUCUACGAUAUUAAUAAGAAGAAGCAGCAAUUCAUCCUGAGACCCAAGGAUGAAGAAGAUGCUGUAGUGAUGAAUCAUUGUGUCAAUGACAAGAUGAUACUCUCCGUUGGUCUGGGCCUUAAGAAUAGCAUCAAAAAUUAUGCAACUGUAAGAAUCUAUAAGACCAAUCACAAAUCCUUCACUCUUCUCCAUCAGCAUCUCCCCUUCGGAACCUAAGUCAAGGAUGUCGCCUUUCUUCACACUGCCAAAUACACCAUCACUCUUUGUUCCAAUAUCAACUCUCAUGACACCUCCUACAUCAGCGUGUUCAAAACCAACACUGAAUAACUCAUCACCUACAGCGAUGUGGGCGAAAACUACGCUGGCUUAUUUGGAACCUAUAAGGAUUUCGAAUAGUUUGGUACAUUCGGACCCAAUGUGUUGAAAUUGUGGAAAUUCAAUCCAACUGAAAAACAAUUAGACGAUGUUUUCUUGGAUUACGAAGGUGUGAUCACUCAUGUAGUCCAAUCCAACAAAAAAAUAUUCCUCAUGAAUAAAAAAGGAAUUUUGUACUUCUAUCGCAAAAACAAAAUAAUCAACUCAGCCAACAUUCCCGCUGACUUGAAUGAGAUCCCUACUGUUAUUGCUGCUUACUCGGAAGGAGUUGUUGUUGGAUUUGAAAACAAAUCUAUUAUAGCAAUGUAUGAAGCACACAAAGGCAUAAUCGAAUAUAGAAAACAAUAUACUUUAAAUAUUACUAAUCUCUAAAAAAUAGUGUAUAUUCAUGUUGGUAAAGAUGACUCCUAUAUUUCCAUUACUGCAUAACACAAGACCAGACAAACUGAAAAUGAAGAAAUCAAUUGUGAGAUCUAUCUCUUCAAUCUCGGAUUUGUUGAUUUUAUCAACUCCGCCUUCAGAGAUCCCUUUGAAUAACUCUUCCCUUAAGGAGUUCACAAGAGUAAAAUUCUAAAUAUCGAAUCCUCUCCAUCCAAACCCAUCAUCUGCGUUUUGUCUGAAGAGAGAGUGUUCAAAGUCUGGGAAUUCACUUAUGAAGAAGGUAAAUUCAAGUGUCUCUAUUCCUCAACUCUACAUGAAGUCCCUUAAUGCAUGGCCUUGCAUCCCAUGGCAUUCCAAUGUGCAAUUGGGUAUCGAGAAGGUCUCAAGUUUUAUUUUGUUCUCCAUGACGAACUCAAAUAAGUGUAUUAUGAAUCCUUAAAGCAAUGCAGUGUUGUUAAGUACACUCCUGGAGGGAAUCAACUGGCUGUUGGAUCUCAGAAUCAAAUUCUCAUCUAUGAUCCCUACACCUAUCGAUUGCUACAAACAAUAUCAGGCCACAUGGGUGUGAUUGCCUCCUUGGAAUGGUGUGACAACACUCUCAUCUCCACUUGUAGUUAGGGACUAGUAAUGGUGUUCAAUCAGACUAGGCUGGUCGAUCAUUCAUUCAAACUGCAUAAAGGCUUCUGUUAGACUUACGACACCGAGUAUGAUUUCCUUGUUGGAAGCUAUUCGGAUAACAAGGUCAGAAUCUUUAACGAGAAGGGAUAGAACCUAUACUAUGAAAUGGAUAUCUAUCCAAGUCAAUAUGUGAGUGUACAAAUCCUCAGAUUUCUGGAUAUGAUUGCAUUUGGAACCAAUUGUGGAAAGGUGAGAUUGUAUCUGUGGCCUUUCACUUAAUUCAAAAAUGAUUAGGAAAUGUUCGAAUUCCAGUUGCAUCAGGGACCAAUAACCUAAAUUAGAAUGUCAUCCGAUCAGCAAUUCCUCAUCACUGGAGCUGAGGAUGGUUCAGUACAGAUUUGUAAGGUCAAGGAAUGGUAUGAUGGCAAGGACAUGACACCCUAAGAGAUGUAAAAAGGACAAAGAGUUAACUCUAAAGGGCUGGUCGUGUCCAACCUAUAUAGUUUUAGUAUCUUAGCCUUUGUGAGUAAGAAUAGCAUUGAGAUGAAGAAGGACCUCAUCAAAGAGUUGGAUUUCAGGAUUUCUAAUCAAAAGAGUGAUCAAGAAGAUUAAAAAUAGGAUAUCACUCAGAAGUACCAAAAGCAGGAAAAGGAAUUAGAAUAACAAUAUUAGUAUUAGAUUGCCAGGUACAAAGAAGAGUUAUCAUAAAUAAUGGAAGCCAAGGAUACAAGGAAUAAGAACUUAGAUAUCGAUUUAAUUGAUUUGAGGAAAAAGUAUUAGGUAGAAUCACAUCAAAUUUAAGAAAAAACUGAAAAGGAUCUCCUGCAAUUGUAUUAGAAGAAUGAUGAAGUCAAAUAGAGAUUGUAAUUCACCAAUGAGGAGAAUCUAAGAGAAUAUGAGUAAAAGAAAGCUCAUUUAGAAUCUAUUAGAACCAAUAUCAAGAAUGAUCAGGAUACUAAAUUUAAUGAUUUAUUUUCAAGAUUUCAAUCAUCGAAAGAGUCUUUUGAAUUGGAUGAAAAGAAGUAUUUGGAAGUGUUCAAAGAAACUGAAAAAGAGUUUGAAUAAUUGAUAAAUGAGUAGAAGGAGAAGAAACUCAUUAAGUUGAAGGAAUUGUUGGACAAAAGUGAAAAGAUUAGAUCCAGUAAUACUAAAUUUAAAAAAGAGUGUGAUAGAUAUCAAUUGAGAAAAUAGGAAUUAGAAAAUAUGAUCAGAGAAACAAGAACUUAAAAAGAUUUAAUUAACAAAGAAAAAGAUAAUUUCAAAUUGAUAAAUCAAGAAAAGAAGAAUCAAUUAAAAGACAGAGAGAGAUAAAUCUUUUAGAAAGAAAAGGAAAUUAAAAAUUAUAGAAACAAAAAUGGUCAUCUCUAAAAUUUUAAGAAUGUCAAUUCAUAUCGUUUGUAAUCUUUAUAGGAGUAAAAAGCCCCUCUUCAAGAACAUCUAUAAGAUUUAGAUUAGAAUGUCAAAAUUAUGUACUAAGAGUUGACAGACGAGGCAGAAGCAGAAAAGAAUUUAGAAAACCUUAUAGAAGAUACUUCCAAUAAAAUAAAGGAGUUGAAAAAUUAGUAUCUAAUUAAGAGGGAUUCCUUGUUCUCUAAGAGAGGAGAGGUUCAAGAGAUAGAGAAUAACAUAUUCAAAGUAUUAGCUGACCCUGAAAUCACCAACUUUAAAGAGAUGCUGCAAAAUGUUCAUAAACAGCAUUUCAUUAAUGGCAAGAUUAACAAAGGGAGAUGUUAAUGA